GAUCAGAGCAAGCACCUGUCAGUUGCUUUUUCUUCCUCCUCACUCUCCUCUGGUCCCUUGUGCAAGAUGGAGCUAGAAAAUGAAAUGAUCAGCUCCUCCAGCAAUUCUUCAGCAGGCUCCAGGGAGUACAAGGUGGUGAUGCUGGGAGCUGGGGGAGUUGGCAAAAGCGCAAUGACAAUGCAGUUCAUAAGCCAUCGGUUUCCUGAUUAUCAUGAUCCAACCAUAGAGGAUGCUUAUAAAACUCAAGUACGAAUAGAUGAUGAACCGGCUUACUUGGACAUUCUAGACACUGCUGGACAGGCAGAAUUCACAGCCAUGAGGGACCAAUAUAUGCGAGGCGGAGAGGGUUUCAUUAUCUGCUAUUCCAUCACAGACCGCCAAUCCUUUCAGGAAGCUGCAGAGUUUAAGGAGCUCAUUUAUCGUGUCCGGCACACUUAUGACAUCCCAUUGGUGCUGGUGGGAAACAAAAUAGAUCUUGAGGAGUUCAGGCAGGUCUCAACUGAAGAAGGCAUGAGCUUGGCAAGAGAGUAUUCGUGCUCCUUCUUUGAGACCUCAGCUGCCCUGCGCUUCUACAUUGAUGAUGUCUUUCAUGGAUUGGUGCGCGAAAUCCGCAGAAAAGAGUCCUCGCUGCCCCUGACAGAGAAGAAGAUGAAGAGGAAGGACAGUCUGUGGCAGAUGCUGAAAGGAUCUUUGAAGAAGAAAAGAGAAAGCACAACUUGAUGGCACUUUCCAGUGGGCCACCUUUAGGGAGCUGAUCACAGUCAUCUGUAGCAAUUCCUAAGGCAGCAUUUACACAGCAUCUUCAGGGCCCAGUUCUGGAGUCCUUUCUCUGCUUUCAUUCAGUCCUUAUGCAGGAAUAACUUCUAUGAGGCCCAAUCUGUGGUUGCCUGGUGGCCCCUUUAUCCCAACAUAGCCAAUGCAGAAGGAGCCACAUAGAAGUCAGUUACCCUUCCCCUCACUCUUGGCACAGUAGGCCCUCUUGUGUAAGGUACAGAGGCCGUGGCGUGAACAGUGUACUUUUCCCUGCAUGAUCCCCCAGCAAGGGGUAUUCAAGGUCAUCAAGGGUAGGAAAGAGUAUUUUAGGUGUGGAGCAAUUCUCCAAAAAGGGCCAUUAAUGUACCCACUAUACACACUCCCAAAUCAUAUAUCAUUUGAAAGCUUAUUUUAUGUAUGUUUGGAUGAAUUAUCAUGUGGUGCUUUCACAUGGUGCUGUAAGCUGGUAGGCGUGGUGAAAUAAUGGAACCCCAAAUGAAAAAGUGUCAUGUUGUGCAUAGUUCCUGAAACAUUGCAACCUGACUAUAACUACAGUUUUUACUGUUUAUGUUAAUUUCAACACCUUAAUGUGGGGUUCAUUGCUCAAAGCUACCAAACAACAAUCUAUUAAAAUGUUUUUAUUGGUUUUCCAUGGACCAGUAUAUUUUUUUAGAAUGAUUAAGUUGUUCAGCAUGU